AUGGCUACUGAAGAUGAUAAUUUCGAUAUUGACAUCUACGGAGAUGGUGGUGGAUAUAACGCCAACGAACAAGGUGCAGAGGAUGAGAUUAAGCAUGAUGACACCGAGCUCAUCCUAGACGCCCCAGUGCAUACUCAGAAUGGCGGUCCUGCCCACGCCGAUGGCGCUGCAGAUACCAAGGCGAGGCAGGGCAAUGCCGAAGCCACAGAGCCCAACGGGGAACACGUAACACAUUCAGACCCGCAGCAGCAAGCGGCGAAAGAGACGGCAACUCCCCAGCAAGGCGUAAAACGCAAGGAACUUGAUGACCGCCCGUCGGAUCCGGAUGCCACACCUGCUUUGCUUAUCUCCGAUCUGUACUGGUGGACCACCGAUGAUGACAUUCGCGGCUGGGUCCGUCAGGCCGAUUGUGAGGAUGAACUGAAAGAUGUAACGUUCAGCGAGCACAAGGUGAAUGGCAAGAGUAAAGGGCAAGCUUUUGUUGAAUUCACUACACCCCAGGCCGCGAGUGCCACCAAACACAAGAUCGAGUCCUUCAGCAUCACAGGUUCAUCAGGGCGAAAGUACUCUGUUAACUAUACCAACCCUCAACCGAACCCCUUCCGUACGCUGCCAAAGGAUGCGCCGAUGCGAAAGGAUAACCAGGCCCGGACGAUGUCGGGUGGCUUCAACUCGCCCGCACAGAACAUGAAUUUCGGAAUGAACAACAUGGGCGGUGGCUUCCGUGGUGGUCGCGGCGGCGGGUUCAAUAACCGGGGUGGUAUGAAUAAUAACAUGGGAGGUUUCAACAAUCGGAACUUCCAGAACCCAAUGGGCUUCCAAAACCCGAUGGCUGCAGGGUUCGGUGGGAAUCCAAUGGGAGGAGGUAUGCAAAAUUAUGGCUUCAACAACCGUGGAGGCAUGAUGGGUGGCAUGCGCGGUGGACCCGGGGGCAUGCGCGGCGGCCGUGGAGGUGGUAAUAUGGCCCCCAACAUGAUGGGCAUGCCGAAUAUGAACCCCAUGGGUGGUAUGGGUAUGAAUCCGAUGGCUGGUGGAAUGAACCCGAUGAUGGGCGGAAUGGGAGGAAACAUGGCUAUGCAAGGUAAAGGCGGUUUCCAAGGCCCUAAUCCGGCUUUCAAUCAAAACUUCUUCCCUCCUAACCAAGGGGUUGGAGGUGAUGGAUCGUGGAAUCCUCAUGGCGCCAAGCGCAGCCGACAAGAGUAA